UGUUCACACUGUGUUUGGAUGCGGUGUUCGCUGCAGACAUCUAUUCACCGAAAAACAAAUGCUGCAGACAUAGGGUCGCUGUAAGUGUGUCCCCUUUGGGACGUUGAACGUCAUGGAAGAUGUCGAGAGGGCUGCUGCGCAGAGGGAGGCGAUAGUCCAAGAAGCGAUUUCACUCUUUCAGAAGCUGGCAGUAUCUUCUACCUCUUCGGCAUGGAAGCGAGUGGUUUUACAGAGCGCUACGGGCGCUCAAGAGGGAGCUUCGAACUCUUACCCUUUAGCUGCGAUCGAUGGUGGUAUCAGCUUGGCCAAGACAGGCUCAGCACGAACAGUAUUUCGGCAAUCUGGAAAGAUCGAACAAGACAAGGAGGGAGCCAGUGAUCCGUCUGCAGUGGCUUUCCCAACAUCAGAAAAUGGGAGGGCCUCGGACCAGCAAAUGGCCACUUUCCAGCUUUGCGGCCUUGAGAAAGCUUCUCGGAUCAUUGUACACCGCCGCUCAAAUCCCCACCGCAAAGGUCCAGACGUCUUUCGGGCCACAUUCGAAGUUCCGUUUGAAGGAGAUAGUCCUGACUUGGAAGGCUUCCGCAGCGCCCUUACUACCCCAGAUGCCCGGUCACAAUGGGACGGUCUUGUCGAGAGCUCCGAGUUGAUUGAGAUGCCUGACCCUGUUACGAGGGUGACCAAGACGAACUUUCGCCUCGGCUGGCCAGCUAGCCCCCGGGACGCUAUCACCGUCUCCCGAACAAUCGAAGAUGACAAGACCCUAAUCGAUGUGACCACAUCGUUGCGUGCGUCGCCGGAUGCGCCCGCUUAUCUGCGGCCAGCUCCGCCGUAUGUUCGAUCUCAUGUGCACAUAUCCGCUUGGUGCAUACAGCUACCAUCAUCCACUUCGACUAGGGGCAGAGAUGAGUCGAUCAAGAUUACAGCAUUUUGGAGCUGGAAUCUGAAGGGAGCGUGGCUCGGCUUACCAACGGGUGGAUUAGGCAAUCAACUGCAACUUCUGUUGCGGCACCUCGUAACGUAUGUGCGCGAACAAAGUAGCAGAAUACCCACGCUACGACAUUUCGAUUCUGGGGUUGAUGUCGAGCAUUUGACGUUCGAUGCAUCACGGGACACGCUCGCUGUCGACUACAGUAUAGUGGGGGAGGAUCUGGGAGGUAGGGACGCCGCCUCAGAACCAGAACAUGGCCAAACCGGACCAGUGAUUGGAUUUGGGAUGUCCGCAGCCGAAGGAUGGGAUGUUAAGAUCAAAGUUCGAGCCUACGGACCCGCUGCGACUAGCACUGCGACCACGCCUGACUGGCGAGCGGUGGUGCAACGCCAAAAGGGUUCGACAAGGCUCAAUCUUCAAGUUCAUCACGGAAAGAUACCGUCCGCCGAAGAUGUUGCACGCGCGUCAAUUACAAUUCAACGUGUGGCUGCUAGCAACGAUAUCAGAGUCAACGGUGAUGUCACGCAAGUCAAUCUGGCUGAACCGAAGUGUCCGAGGGCGGCACCAGCGGGGGUGUUGGACGAUGCAGCGAGCCUUUCAGGGAUCAGCAUCGCUUCAAAUGGCACCACAGCCGCAGACUCGUCGCAGAUGAAACCGACAAUGUCCGAAAGUGGUCGAGCAGCAAACGUGUCCCAUGCGAUAGACUCUUUGAUCCGGCGAAACUACAUUUACUUUACAAGUCUGCUCCAAGAGCCUGAAGCAAAAUGGAAAAGGGUCAGCGAUUCGCGAGGUGUAACCGUCACGCAACUGGACUCAAUUGACCCCACUCUAGUGGUAUACCGAGCGGAAGCAACCUUCGUUGGUGUUGGAGUCUGGGGCCUCUUCUCUACCAUCAACACUCCGGGUGCCCGACAGCACUGGGAUAAAGGGUUGGAAGAUUCUCAACUAUUGGCAGACGUCAAUGACCUGUCGAGUCUGUGGUGGGAUCGCACGAAAGCUGCGUGGCCUGUCAGCGCCCGCGACAAUGUGACGCUUCAAACAUCGUACAAGUCGACCUCUUCUGUCCACAUCUUUGCCUUCUCAACCGAUGACCGAGCGCUGUUUCCAGAAAUUCCAGCUGUACCAGCUACAACGAUCCGGACACAAAUCGAUCUCCGUGGCUGGUCGGUGGAGAGCCUCAGCCCUACCACAGUGCACGUUACACUCCUUGAGCAGAGCGAUCCGAAGGGAUGGACGAGCAAAUCGGCCGUGCCAUCCUGUAUGACUGCAGCCGUAGCUGGCGUUGGUGACUACGCAAUCAAAUUCGGCGGCCCCCCGAUUGUCACCCGACUCCUGGGUGCCAAAGCCAAGAGCAGCAAGUACGAACACGACAAGGCAGAGUAUCGCUUUGAGUACGAGAUGACUCAGCUCGAGGGAUCAGAUGACCUUCAAGAUCUUCCGCACGUCGAAUGCGAGCUACGCUGCGAUGUCGAGACAUGGAGCCCCAAUCUGGACCUCGUCAUCGACCCCCCUCCGAUCAACGUCAGCUGUCUCCGAAGACACAGGCUUGGCCAGGGGGCAGGUGGUCUCUGGCUCACUAUCGAACACGCUUCUGCCUCGCUGGAAGAUGACGCGGCACGCAUCAUUGUGCGUAAAGGGAAUAUGGGAACACAAAAAGGGCUAGUGUUGGUCAAUGGCGCGUCUAUCAAAGUCGACCAGGAUGAGCUGGACGACACUCACAUGCAAGAGCUAUUCAGAACGAAGCGCAGCAGGCCGCAACGGGUGCCAUUGGAUCUCACAUCGCCUGCGUAUCUCGCCACGCACAACACAAGGGUAAGAGGGAGCCCGGCGUUGACACCUUCUACAGAUAUGCCGCCUGAAACGCCCUCGAGAAGCGCGACAAUCAGCGAGCGUGCCGCCUCUCCAGCCCAUUCUGUUGAAGUCGCGCCUGCGAGCACGAAACGCUCAGACAAUGAUAUAAUGACUGGCCCUCUCGACGUUCUGUUUCUCCUACGGCGCAUUUACGCGGAGCGCAGUCCCGACCCAGCAGUGACACCCGCCGGUUGGACAUUGGUGUCGGAGCGCAACGGUGUCCACGUUCGCCGCAAACUCAUGCAGUCAAUCUCUCUCACAGUCUUCAUACAGCGAGCCGACAAGGUGGUUCAAGGCCUGGCCGCAGAAGACCUGCUACAUGCCGUCUCUUCGCUUGACAUGAAGAAGCGCUGCGAUGAAAGGAUCGAAAGCAUCGUCCGUCUGGAAAGCUACGGUCACGGAGCUGGGACAUAUCACAUGAAGACCAAACCCUCAUUCCCAUUUCGAGGAAGGGCUUUCCACGUCGCCCAUCUGACUGCAAGGACCGCACCUCAAGAGGAAGAAGAUGAAGGAUCCCGCGUUAUAUCAGUGUCCAAACCUGUGGCGUACUUCUAUGCUGCAGCUUCGUACGCCGAAAGCAACGUCGAGUUCCCUUCUUCCCGCCUCAAUCCUACAGGGCUUCCGGUUGGCAAGGUGCUUAUAGAUGGAUGGAUUUUGGAGACGCUCGACCCAUACGCCUCGUCGACGAACCAGAUUCCCUCGACGCGAUGCACCCAUGUCACUGCCAUCGACUACGCCGGAUCACUUCCAAGCGCGGUGAACACAUCAUGGAACGCUCCGUUGCCGCGCAUUGUGGACAGCUUCGAAGCAGUGCUAAAGAAGGAAGGUGUAGCACCUUUCAGCAUCAAGCCGCCCCCAUGCCUGCUAGUCGUUGGUGAUGGAACGGACGAGUCUGCAGACUCUGCAUGGGUUGCUCAUGACCCAGGCCUUCGCAAGAUUCUUUUGAGAAGCGAUUUCGAUCCGGUCAGCCGACGCUACGAGGCAUUGGCGCUGCUUCGUCCACUUCCGAGCGAUGUACCUCGAGCAGCUGCACUCUCCGACGCGUCCACCGAGCGUGGCUUAGCCCAAUCUGCCGCAACCCUCUCGAAACCACCAUCUCUCUCCAACAGUCCACAACUCGAUCAGGCCCUGGGAGUCCAUCAGCGGACCGAGCCAAGUGUCACUCGCACAACUAGCAUCUCCUCGCUGUCCAGUGCCGUCAGCGAGGCUAGACGAGCAGCUUCAGCAAGAAGAGAUCCACGGCGGUCCGAUGUCUUCUUUGAGGUUGAAGUGGAAUUGAAGCAUUUUCCAUAUGGGUACAAUGUCGACUGCAAGGCCGCGUUCGUUUCAUCAGGGAAGUCGUCUCCUGAGCUAAACAGGGCCAGCACAUCCAGUGAAGGCGAUGCAGCGCCCAGCAAAGAGUCAGUAUUGGACCUGCGGGACGAAUUACCAGCUGGCGAUUCUAUCGCGCUCCGUACCCUGAUUUACGACCUACCACCAUCUGCCCUGCUUGCUGCCACGUUGGACCCUGGCGCAAGGCUUCGAUGUCACCUUGUUCGUGUCGUUUUGGCAGAAGAGCAGUUCUCCACAACCGAGGGCCCCUCGAUUCGAGAGCGUCUGAACAACGAACAGGCACUUUUCAGCUUUGCUAUCGACUGUAAACCGGGAAGCCAGUCUGAGUUCAGUGGAAUCGAGGAGCUUUCACCCUCCGGUAGCUCUACACCAGUGGAAGGGAUAUUCACGGUCCUUGGGGAGCGUGUUGAGGUUGUUCACGUCAAUCAGACAUCAGCGAUGCUACAGCGCGAAGACCGAGAUUCGGACAAGGUCGUUGUGCUCCGCAAGACAUCGGACGGAGAUGCUCCAUAUGUGCCAAGUCUACUGGCACAACCCAUCGCUGCAAACAUGGAGCUGAAAACCCCACCCAUGUCUCAUAUUCAACCUACUGCGCUCAAAGGGCCAAGCUUUGCUCAGGACGUCAAAGCAGAACCCGAUACCCCUGGGGCUUCGACUCCAGUUCUCGAUGGACACACCAUAGGCGCCUCUGACGAAGCUGCGAGCAGUCUCACCCGCGAGAACCCAGUAACAGCUGCAACGACACAAAUCAUGAACAUUCUUAACAAUUACCCACUCACCCGGCUGAGCGCAACCACUACCGGUGUUACUACCAGCAUGGCAUCGGGCACCACCACGCACUCCACAUCAUCAGAUGGUAGCAAGGCCGCAGAAGGCGCCAUUACUGCAACAGCAGGAGGGAUGGAACCACAGCAGCAACUGCACAGUCUAAUGGAAGGACUCCAAACUCGAACCUAUUCCAUCAGCACUUUGAUUCUCGUCGCCAUGAUUUUCUUCCUACUCGGUAGUCUCGUUAGGAGCCUUCAGUCACCAGCCGACUUUGUCCUGUUGCCACCAUCAACGACGGGGCUCAGCUCUCCAGAUGCAAUUGCCGUUGAAUUGCGGCGUUUCUUUGCAGACGUCGGUACGGGCGCGUCGGGAGUGGCGACACGAGAGAUGAAGCGCUUGCUGGAAAUCAAGAAGAUCAUCUUUGGAUGGGACCUCGUCAUUGCUCUCGCGCGCCGUUAAAUGUUGGUCGGCCAAUGCUGCCGCAGCAACGCAUGCAAAUUCACGAUGUACACUAAGCAAGUUGACAAUUCUAGGCA